UCUUGUAGCAGUAUUGUUUCAAUAUUACUUUUGAAAUUUGUACCAUGACACUUAGAAAACAAUAUUACUUUAAGCUUACAUUUCUUAGCAGUUUUGAUGACGUCACAACGAAACGUUCAUUCAAUUUCGUACUAUAAGCCGUUAUUUGACAACUAGUAAUAUUGUUUUUACGUCAAUUUUUGCGAUCUUAAAAAAGUUGGUCGGAUGCCAUGGAAACAAAACUUUUUUCAUAUUGAGUGUGAUUCCUUCAAUGCUUACAAACCACUUGAAAACCUUAUGAGACAUUUGAGUGUUGAAAUAAGUAAGCAUAAAGUGUUUACUGUGUUAGUUACGUUACGUUAGUGUUUGAAGGUGUUUGUUUACGUGAUAUAUAUAAAACAACGUUUGUAAUGGCUAAUGAAUACGAGAUCUUUGAAUACUUGGAAGAAGAAGACGACCAUGAAGAUAGUGUAAGGAGGAAGCAGGCAGCAAAGGAGCGGCAUAGACGAUUACGGGAUCAAUGUGAUCCGUUUGAAAUAUACACGGAUGCUCAAUUUGUUAAGGAGUACCGAUUGACCAAAACACUAGCUCGCGAUUUAUGUGAAGAGAUUCGACCUUUCCUUAAAACACCACAAAAAGCUACUGACUUGUCGGUGGAGACAAAGGUUUUGACUGCUUUGUCAUUUUUUGCCACAGGGUCUUAUCAAAGACCUACAGGAAAGAUUCAAGGGCAUUUUGUAGCUCAGCAAACUGUGUCUACUGUCAUAAAUGAAAUUUCAAAGUGCCUAAAUAAUACAUAUUUUAGAGAAAAAUAUAUUCACUUUCCUAAUAAUAGUGAUGAACAAAACAAAAUAAAAACAAGAUUUCAUAACAAGUUUAAUAUUCCGGGAGUAUUAGGAUGCAUUGAUGGCACUCAUGUUGCUAUUGUGCGUCCUAACCAGCAUGAAGACAGAUAUUUUUGCAGAAAGGAUUACCAUUCUCUAAACGUACAAUUGGUUUGUGAUGCUGACAUGCAAAUUAUAAGUGUUGAUGCCAGUCAUGGAGGUGCAACUCAUGACUCUUUCAUUUGGUCUAGUCAUCCUUUAAAGGACUACAUGGAAGAACUAAGUAAUAAUGAAAAUGUAUGGUUUCUUGGUGACUCUGGAUAUCCAUUAAGACGGUACAUGAUGACGCCUGUUUUAAAUGCAGCACCAAAUACACCAGAGGCACAUUAUACAAAUUUGCAUGUGCAUACUAGAAAUAUAAUUGAACGCACAAUUGGUCUUUUAAAAGCACGAUUCCGUUGUUUACUACUACAUAGAAGAUUGCACUAUCAACCAGAGGUAGCUGGUUCUAUUGUAAAUUCAUGUGUUAUAUUACAUAAUAUGUGCAAUGGAGCCAAGCUACCUUCGCAAGAGUUAACUACAGAAGAAAGACAAGAAGAAUCGCGAUUAGUGGCAAUUUAUUCUGCACAUAGUAGUAUUCCAGUGACGGAAGGAGGGCGUGGUAACGUAGCACUCCAGCAGGGUGUGGCCGUGAGGAACGCUCUCAUUCAGCGACUCUGGGAAAGGCGCUAGACAUUAUGCUGAAAAUAAUAAUGUAGUACUUUUAAUCACAUACAAAAUUUUAGUGCUUAUUAUUUUAUUUAUUUUCUCAGUAAUACAUAGGUAUUUGGAUUUUUACUUACUAAAAUCAAGUUUACGGAAAUUAAGUUAUAAUUUUUAUUUUAUUUAGAUUUCAUUUCAGAAUAACACUAAUAGCUAAUAUUAAUUUUAUAAUAUGUAUAUUAGUCCUUUAAAAUAAAGUAUUUUUUGAUGAAAAGUAUGUUGUCAUUACCUUUUUAUAUCCCGUAUAUCAUCUUGUAUCGUUUUUAGACUAUUGGCAAUAAGUGCCAGGCUUCGGUGCACACCCUCCAUGGCAUUACUGCUACGCACACUGGCCUCUGUUUUUUCUUGGGCCGACUGCACGAGAAGACGCCUAGCGUCCUCCACUAGGCUGGGGAGAUGGUGCCAAUAAUUCUGGCUCUUCUCUCUCUGCUCUCUCCCCCUCAACUACCGCAGGAAAGGGAUCCUCCAAUAUGGCUUGCUCAGUGUCCAUAUGCCUAUCCACUUCAUGCGAAGGUCCUGCACCAUCAUCAAACACCUCGAGUUGUACAAGUGAAGGUUCUUCCAUACCUUCCCUUGUCAAAAUGGACUGU